AUCUUUUCUGGGUUUGCGGGACUCCUUGCCAUCCUCCUGGUUGUCGCAGUUUUCUGCAUCCUGUGGAACUGGAGCAAAUGGAAGAAGCGGCAAGUUCCUUACUUCCAAGUCACCGUCAUGCCCUUGCUGACUCUGCCUCGACCCAGACAAGGAACCAAAAAUAUUUAUGACCUCUUGCCCCGAAGACAAGACGAGCUGGGAAGACAUCCGUCAAGAAGUAUUCGUAUUUUCAGUACCGAGAGCCUCCUCUCCAGAAAUUCUGACAGCCCUCCCUCUGAGCAUGUGCCCUCCCAAGCAGGUGAUGCCCUCCAUGUGCACAGAGCCCAUACUCAUGCCAUGGGGUAUGCAGUGGGCAUCUAUGACAAUGCCAUGGGGCCCCAGAUGUGUGGAAACCUCACUCCCUCAGCGCACUAUGUCAAUGUCAGAGCUUCAAGAGAUUGCCCAAGCACUUCUUCAGAGGAUUCAAGAGAUUAUGUCAAUAUCCCCACAGCAAAGGAGAUUGCUGAGACUUUAGCUUCUACCAACAGCCCUCCUGGGAACCUCUUCAUCCUCCCAAGUACCAAGGUGCUGGAGUUGACUGAAGAAAUAGAUGAGGGCUGUGGGAACGCCAGUGACUGCACCAGUUUGGGGUCUCCAGGAACUGAGAGCAGUGAUCCACUCAACGAUGGGGAAGGGUCUUCUCAGACCUCAAAUGAUUAUGUCAACAUGGCAGUGUUGGAUCUCAAGACCAUCCAAGGGAAGCAGCCCUGGGGAACUUUUCAGUGCUGCAGAGAUUAUGAAAAUGUACCACCAGAUCCCAGUGGAAACCAGCAGCAGGAGGAGAAGGAAGCGACAUCCUCAAACACAGACCAUGUACAGGGCAGGACAGAUGGUCCCGAGACCCACAUCCAACCUGUCAUGCAGUCAGGGAGUUUCCUGGCCUUAAAGGAUUAUGUGACCUAUCAGUCAUCUGCACAGAGUGAGAACAGUCAGAUGAAACAUGGAGAAGAGAUGUCAAAUGAAGACUCUCAUGACUACAAGAAUGUGUGA